UGUAGCUCAUACUGGCACUUCAACAUCGCUGUUUGACCAAAAGGCAGGGUUCCUUCGUCAAAAUUCUGGUGAGUCCUCUGCCUGUGCUGCCUCGUCCGAAGCAGUUCCUUGCUCAGACCCUUCGUGUGUGCUGAAAAAGAGCCAACGCAGUAGCGGCGUUGCUUAUAGGGAUAGAGGUCUGGGAUAUGAAGACGAAAAAAAUGAUAUGGCAGGAAAAAAGUGUACUCAACAUAAGCAGGCCCCAUCCGAAUUGACCAACAUCAUCAUCAUGACAGGAAAAAGUGCACUCAAGAAAAGAGGCCGACUUCUUCUUUUUUCAUCUCUCCGAUAGAGAUAGUAGAUUAUGCCCAUUAUUCUUUGAGACGAAUGAUGAUGAUGAUGAUGAGGCAGCUUCCUAGUAACUUAAGGAUCUUCUAUGAUGGCUAAUUAUUUCUUGAGGAUGGAUGAGUACGCUACUUUUUGUUCCUUUCAUAGAUGAUGAUCUGGCCGCGCCUCCUCGUAGUGGUAGU